AUGGCUUCAAACGUCCCUUUCGUCACCCUCAACGAUGGCAACAAGAUGCCCCAGGUCGGCUUUGGCCUGUGGAAGGUCGACAAUGCCACUUGUGCCGAUACUGUUUACAAUGCCAUCAAGGCUGGCUACAGGCUGUUUGACGGCGCAUGCGACUACGGCAACGAAGUCGAGUGCGGCCAGGGUGUUGCCCGCGCCAUCAAGGAGGGCCUUGUAAAGCGUGAGGACCUCUUCAUCGUCAGCAAGCUCUGGCAAACCUUCCACGACCGCGAGCAAGUCGAGCCCAUCGUCCGCAAGCAACUUGCCGACUGGGGCGUCGACUACUUCGACCUCUACCUCAUCCACUUCCCCGUCGCCCUCAAAUACGUCGACCCCAAGGUCCGCUACCCACCUGGCUGGUACUACGAUGGCGAGAGCAAGAUCGAGCACAGCAACGCCAGCCUACAAAGCACAUGGGAAGCCUUUGAGGACAUCAAGAGCAAGGGCCUCGCAAAGAGCAUUGGUGUAAGCAACUACAGCGGUGCCCUCCUCCUCGACCUCUUCACCUACGCCAAGGUCAAGCCCGCUACCCUUCAGAUCGAACACCACCCUUACUACGUCCAACCCUACCUCAUUGAGCUCGCCCGCCAGCACGACAUCAAGGUCACCGCCUACUCGUCGUUCGGCCCCCAGAGCUUCCUCGAGUGCGACAUGAAGGUCGCUGCCGACACCCCUCUUCUUUUCGACCACCCCGUCAUCAAGAAGAUCGCAGAGGCUCACGGCAAGACUCCCGCCCAGGUUCUUCUCCGCUGGUCCACCCAGCGCGGUCUCAGCGUUAUCCCCAAGUCCAACUCGCCAAACCGCCUGGCGCAAAACUUGGAUGUUACCAGCUUUGAUCUCAAGGACAGUGAGAUUGAGGAGAUUUCGGGUCUGGACAAGAACCUCAAGUUCAACGCUCCUACCAACUACGGUAUCCCUUGCUACGUCUUUGCAUAG